AUGGAACACUUCCAUCCACCUUCGACCGUGAACGGCCACUCGCCGCUACCGACGCAAAAUGGCAUCAGUCUGUCGCCGCACGACGCCCUUACCCCGGGUCUCCUUAUAGACCGGCCCACGCGAUCACAUAGGAGUGUCAACAUACCCCUCAGAGAGGACGGGAACGAGGCGGGGCGAUCUGUUGAUACGGCCAAGAGCUGUAACCGACUACGACCGGAGGAAGAGGAGCGGCUGCGGUCGCGGGAUAGCAUGACCAAGAUGACUUCGUCACAGAUAGGGAAGACAUCUACCCCCUUCUUGAAGGCACACAUCCCAAGCUCUUAUGCGCCGAUUGGGAAGACGCAAAACGAGGAGACGGCACGGGAGAAAGAACCAAAUACGAAAUACUGUUACCGACACCGACCUGAUUCGAAAUGUCGAAGAGCUGCCGAUGAGGCCAAGAUGAUUUCAAUCCAAAGGGAUCUCGACAAGCUCCCCCCUGCAGAUCAGCAGGCCAUCACCCACGUCUGGUCGUUGUUUUCCGCCGCUCCAGCCCGUCAUCGCAAGUUGAUGUUGCAGGGCGUCCUGUCUCAGCUCUGCUUUCCCCAGCUUUCGCUCGUCUCCCGGGAGGUUUCUGAGGCGCUCAAGAUCGAUUUUAUUACAGCACUUCCUGUCGAGCUUUCGCAAAAGAUCCUUUGCUAUCUCGACACGGUUAGCUUGACCAAGGCCGCUCAGGUGAGCCAGCGGUGGCGGGAGUUGGCCGAUGACGAUGCAGUUUGGGUCCGGAUGUGCGAGCAGCACGUGAACAGGAAAUGCACAAAGUGUGGAUGGGGGUUGCCACUCCUGGAGAGAAAACGGUUGCGGAACUAUACCAGACAGCGCCAAUUGGCAAAGGACAACUCGAACGGGAGGAUACAGGAGCUGCCUGAGUCGUCGGCUACCGGCUCGCAGGAGUCACCAGCCGUUGGCAAGAGGCAAUCAGACUCGACAGAUGAUGUACCGGAAGGUAAACGGCGGUGUGUUGACAUGCCGCGGGAGCCGGAGCCGGAGCCGAAGAUUCGAAGUUGGAAAGAUGUGUACAGGGACCGGUGGCAGGUCGGGUACAAUUGGAAGUACGGGCGAUGCUCCGUCAAAACGCUUAAAGGCCACACCAACGGCGUCACAUGCCUUCAGCUUGACGAUAACAUCCUGGCUACAGGAUCCUACGACGCCACCAUCAAGAUCUGGAAUAUCGAGACGGGCGAGGAGAUUCGGACUCUUCGGGGCCACACACGAGGGAUACGCUCGCUUCAGUUCGAUGAUUCCAAACUGAUCAGCGGUAGCCUAGACAGCACGAUCAAGAUCUGGAACUGGCACACGGGCGAGUGCAUAUCGACAUUGCAGGGCCACACGGAUGGGGUUAUCAGCGUGCACUUUGAUGCUCAGCUACUCGCAAGCGGCUCGAUCGACCGGAGCGUCAAGAUCUUUGACUUCAACUCCAGGGAAACGUUCUGCCUUAAGGGUCACACAGAUUGGGUCAACUGCACCCGGCUCGACAUUCACAGCCGGACUGUGAUGUCCUCUUCGGACGACACCACCAUUAAGCUCUGGGAUCUCGACUCCAAACAGGUGAUCCGAACCUAUGAAGGUCACGUUGGCCAUGUCCAACAAGUCCUGCUCCUGCCGCCGGAGUAUGAACCCGACGACGAACUGACGACGGGCAUCAAUGGAUUGGGCGAUAAUACGGACACGCUCUCGGUGGCUAGCGGCGGCGACGGGACCCCGGCAGUAUCGUUCAUGCAUCCUGACCGCCGCAGCAGUCCCGAGGCUCGCGACGAGGAUAUCCGUGGGCUGUACGGCUCAUCUUUUGCAUCCGACCCCUCCCGUCCGCUGCCUCCUCGGUAUUUCCUGUCGGGUGGGCUUGACAACACCAUCCGACUCUGGGACAGCGCGACUGGCAAGUGCCUAAAGACCAUGUUCGGGCACCUCGAGGGCGUGUGGGCGCUCGCCGGCGACACAAUUCGGGUGAUCAGCGGAGCGAACGAUGGCAUGGUCAAAUGCUGGGAACCACGCAGCGGCAAAUGCGACGCGACAUUUGUGGGGCAUCGUGGUCCGGUGACAUGCGUGGGCUUGAGCGACAGCCGCAUGGCGAGCGGCAGCGAGGACGGCGAGAUUAGGGUCUAUUCUUUCAAGGACAUUGGAAACGGCUUGGAUUCGGGCACGCCAUGUUCAACCGGCGUGUAG